AUGUCGGCCCCAUCUCGGCAAAUCAAAUGCGUUGUGGUCGGCGAUGGAACGGUGGGGAAAACGUGUAUGCUCAUCUCGUACACCACUGACUCGUUUCCCGUGCAAUAUGUGCCAACAGUCUUUGACAACUACUCAGCGCAAAUGUCUGUCGAUGGGCAUCUUGUCAAUUUGGGUUUAUGGGACACAGCUGGGCAGGAAGACUACGACCGUCUCCGUCCGCUUUCCUAUCCACAAACCGAUGUAUUCGUUUUGUGUUUCUCGGUCGUUUCAGCGGUUUCGUUCGACAACGUGACGUCAAAAUGGAUUCCGGAGAUUCGCGCGCAUUGCCCCGAUGCGCCGAUCAUUCUCGUCGGCACAAAAAUCGAUCUCCGAGACGAUCCGACACAAACGGCCGAGGGACGAGCGCCGAUCUCGAGGGGACAGGGUCAAAAGACAUCUCAACGAAUCAAGGCGAUGAAAUACUUGGAAUGUUCAGCAUUGACUCAGCAAGGACUGAGACAGGUUUUCGAGGACGCCGUCCGCGCCGUCAUCAAUCCGAAACCCACGAAAAGAAAGUCAAAGUGCACGAUUUUG